GCAGGUAAAGAUGGCAGCCGGGUUACGACAGUGGUGGCCACCCCGGGCCAGGGGUCGGACCGCACGCAGGAGGUCUCGUACUCCGACACCAAGGUGAUAGGCAAUGGCAGCUUCGGGGUGGUUUACCAGGCAAAACUGUGUGAUACGGGCGAGCUGGUGGCGAUCAAAAAAGUGUUGCAAGACAAGCGAUUUAAGAACCGGGAGCUGCAGAUAAUGAGGAAGCUGGAACAUUGCAACAUCGUGAAACUAAAAUACUUCUUCUACUCGAGUGGGGACCAGGCCGACGAGGUGUACCUCAACCUGGUGCUCGAGUACCUGCCCGAGACGGUGUACAAGGUAUCGCGCCACUACAACCGCUCCCGCCAGACCAUCCCCAUCAGCUUCAUCAAGCUGUACAUGUACCAGCUGUUCCGGUCGCUGGCGUACAUCCACUCGCUGGGCAUCUGCCACCGGGACAUCAAGCCGCAGAACCUGCUGCUGGACCCGGAGUCGGGCGUGCUGAAGCUGAUCGACUUCGGCAGCGCCAAGGUGCUGGUGGCCGGCGAGCCGAACGUGUCGUACAUCUGCUCGCGCUACUACCGCGCGCCCGAGCUAAUCUUCGGCGCCACCAACUACACGACCAACAUCGACGUCUGGAGUGCCGGCUGCGUGCUGGCCGAGCUGCUGCUGGGCCAGCCCAUCUUCCCGGGGGACAGCGGUGUCGACCAGCUGGUCGAGAUCAUCAAGGUGCUGGGCACGCCCACGCGCGAGCAGCUGGGCGAGAUGAACCCCAACUACACCGAGUUCAAGUUCCCGCAGAUCUGCGCCCACCCCUGGCAGAAGGUGUUCCGGGCGCGCACGCCGCCCGAGGCCAUCGAGCUGGUGUCACGGCUGCUGCAGUACACGCCCACCAGCCGCGCCUCGCCGCUGCAGGCGUGCGCGCACCCCUUCUUCGGCGAGCUGCGCGAGCCGCAGGCGCGCCUGCCCAGCGGCCGCCAGCUGCCGCCGCUCUUCAACUUCACCGAGCAGGAGCUGAAGGUGUGCCCGUCGCUGACCAGCACGCUGCUGCCGGCGCAUGCGCGGAGUGGCUCGGAGGCAGAGGGCGCCGCCGCCCGCGGGCGGCAGCUGCGGCUCUAG